AUGAACAACACCAUGGAAGAUGGACUCAUACGUGAGUCAAAUCUGGUUUAUGCUCUGGUCUAUGGCUGCAUCUUAGCACUGGGUCUGCCUCUUAAUGCUGUGUCGCUGUGGAUUCUACUUAGACGCCACAGCCUCAAAUCUCCCAGUGUCGUCUUCAUGGUCAACCUGGCCAUCUCUGACCUGCUGCUCGCCAUCUCCUUGCCCAUGAGGGUCUACUUUUACGCCACAGGUACCUGGCCACUGAGCCCUGAGGCAUGUAUCUGGACCACAAUGCUCUUUCGCAGCAACAUCCGCUCCAGCUCCAUCUUCAUCACCUUCAUUAGUGUGGACCGACUGCUGGCUGUCGUCUACCCUCUGAGGUCACGCCAUCUCCGAACCACUUCCAACGCCUUGAAAGCUGUUGUGCUCGCUUGGCUGUUUGUGUUGGCGUUGAACACCCCAGAGACAUUGGAAUUUUCAAAAUUCAUAAAGCGUAAGAAUGACAAUACCUGUUUUGAAUUUCAACGUGGGCCUAAUGUCACCAAUGAUAACGGUUCCCAACGCAUCUAUCAUAAAUCAACAUUUAGUACUUAUUUACCGUCUGUGUUAGCAUUCAUCCUACUGGCAGUCAACGUUGUGUGCACCACGUCGGUGUCUCGGACUCUACGCAGUGACUCAGCAAGGGUCAACAACAAGGUGAAUGUCAUGCUAAUUUUUGUCAUGAACUUGGUUAUGUUCAUCAUAUGUUUCUUGCCUAUGAUGGUUCAUUUAUUAUUUCUUGGGCUACCUGUGAGUACACCUUUAGUAUGUCUUGCUAGUUUUAACUGUUGUCUGGAUCCACUUUUGUAUUACUUUUCUCUGGAUGCCUUCUGGAAGAACAAAGAGGAUAUAGAACUUGCAAGAGAACCAGACCACCGACAUACUAUUUCCAUGUAG